AUGGAGUGCGUGGUUCAGGGAAUCAUUGAGAGUAAGCAUGUGCGUGCACUGGUGGAGCUUAUAGAGGGGAUGACAGGCGCCAGAGAAGAGAAGCUGGAUCUACACCAGUUAGUGUACAGAAACGCACCCAAUAUAGGAGCCAUACCCUGUGAGGUUCGACUGGAGUGCCCUCUCAACUGCACCCCACCCAUAUGGACCAUGGUGCAUGUCGGGGGGGCAAUGAGGGGAGCGGGGGCGGACCAGUUGACUUGCCUCGUACGCAGCAUAGUGCGUGUGAGGGCAUCUCCAUCAGUGAUACACCUCGUACCCGCUAUAGGCCUCCGGCUCGACCACGAGCUCAUCCGUCGCGGCUCUGCAUUCGACUUCGCCCAUCGCUCCCACGCCAUGCGGCUAGAGGCCUUUGCGCCGCUGCGCCUGCCAAGGCAGCAUGCAGUGAGCGACGCGCAGCCGCUGCCCUCUCUGGCCGGGCUGCAUGUGGUGGAGGUGACAGCUGCCGCUGCUGCUGAGACCUACUCAGAGACUGCUGCUGCUCUCAACUCAUUCGCCGAGCUAAUCGCUCCUUUGGUUCGACUAUCAAAGCCCACCAUCUCUGCUGGUCUCUCGCCUGCUGCUGCUUCAACUGCCGCUUCUGUUUUCCAUCCUUCACCACACCCCACAUGCCCCAUCCUCCCAUUCUUUCCCCCCCUGCUCCCCCUUGGUUACCUCAGUUUGGUUCGACUAUCAAAGCCCACCAUCUCUGCUGGUCUCUCUCCUGCUGCUGCUUCAACUGCUGCUGCAGUUUGCCCUGCCUAG